UGGUGCCAGGAAAGGUGGACGGCUCUCCGGCUCUGGUGUCUCAGUCGCCGCUCCGCAGCUCUCUUUCUGCAUGACAAAGGACGACAACUUGCAGAGUUGCUCGCUGCCGACUCGUCCAGGAGGGAAUUAGAUGCAACCGAGCGUUAAGAACAAGAGCCGACCAAGACCUUCACUGUCGGAGGUGCUGAUUCAAUUUACACUUUUAUUUUCCACCUCACCGCAAAGUCAGAAAAGAGGAUUCCUGCAGGCUGCGGGAUAAGACGGCUCCCACAGAUCCUCCUCACCCCAAGUGUCCUUUACCUUCAUAACGCGUCUCUGCUGGGAGGCUGAAGGGAAACCACUUGACAGACUUGAAGAGCUUUGCCUGAGGCGAGACAGAGCUCAUAUAUAGAGCCGGGAGAGGGACGUUAACACAGCGAGGAGGGGAAACUGUGGCAGCAUCAACCAUGGAGGUCUGCACUACUUCGAGGAAACUUACUUUGCUCUCCUUUACCUUCCUGUGCGGGCUGGCAGGCAUACUGGCCCAGCUGGAGAUGCCCCAGCUCAGUAUGAAUGUGGUCAAGGGUCAGACGGUGGUGCUGAGGGCCUUGUACAACACAGGCAGCGACCCCAGCGCCAACACCAUCAUCUGGAACUUCGUCACCAACAAAACCAGCACCAAGCUGGUCAUCUCCCACACCAAAGGCUUCGACAAGGAGGGCGACGUCCAGUUUCGGGGCCGCGUUCAGUUCGCCACCAGGCAGCCGUCACGAGACCUGUCGCUGCGCCUCAACGACACCGAGGAGGCGGACUCGGGACGCUACGUCUGCCAGGUCAUCAGUCCUGAUGACGGGGGUCACACUGCUGAGGUCAGACUGGAGGUGAAAGUCCCUCCUGCGGUUCCUAAGUGCUCGAUGUCGGGGAAGCCCGUCCUGAAGGGAAACGUGACUCUGAGCUGCUCAUCCAGCUCUGGGAAGCCCACUCCUCUGUACAAGUGGAAGAAGACCAGCCCCACCAAUGAGGUCUUCUUCUCACCCAUGCUCAAUGAGAAGUUGGGCACUCUGACGCUGAACAACCUGAGCAGGAACAUGUCGGGGAAGUACGUGUGCACCGCCAGCAACUCAGCUGGAUCAGAGACCUGCCUCAUCAGCCUGGACAUCGUCACCUCCAAUAACGUGGGGAUGAUUGUUGGUGCCGUAGUGGGCCCGGUGCUGGGCGUCCUCUUCCUCCUCUGCAUCGGGUAUUUCCUGCUGAAGAGACAAAGAUACAGUGAAGAUGACAUGGCCAACGAAAUCAAAGAGGACGCUCAGGCUCCCAAACGUGUGUCCUGGGCGAAGAGCGGCAUGGGUUCAGACAUCAUCUCCAAGAACGGCACCAUGUCCUCCAUCGGCUCCAGCCCGCACCACAAAGAGCCCUCCCACCACCACCACAACAACCACCACCACCACCUGCAGCAGUACCCCCAGCGCCCCCCUUCAGACACCGCCUCCAUCAUCACCGCCACGGGCAGCAUGGCGGGCUACCGCCCCUCGUCCCGCCACCACGGCGCCUCCACCCCAACCCACUUCAGCUACAACAACAACACCACCCUGCCCCGCGGACAGACCGUCUCCUCUGAGGACAGCGUCAACGGGAGCUCCCUCCCCAGACCGGAGCGCUACACCCAGCUGCCCCAGGCUCAGGUGCUGCCCCAGACCUACAGCCAGCCUCACAAGGCCGCCCCCAUCCCGCCACCACUGCCCACCUCCACCAUCACGGCCUCCAACAUCGCCCGCAUGGGAGGGGUGCCUAUCAUGGUGCCUGCACAGAACCAGGCCGGAUCUCUGGUCUAACGCCUGGUAAAACAGUGAAAAACACUGAAAUAAUGACCCUUUACACUCUCAGAAAGGUUCAGCUGAUGGUUUUUUUUAAAAGGGAACGCUUUAACUACUAUUUAGCAAUGAAUUAAAGUAGACGAAAAGAUCAAAUUCACUUAUUGGCGCUUGCUUUUAUUGGCGCCAAGAAGCUUUCAUGGCGAGACUCUCAGACACAGACUGUUUACUUGCUUUAAGUAUACUCAAGUCUUUUAUAUUCUGUAUGCACUGUAUAGCCUACAUUGCAAAUUAUGUAUAGAUAUGAUUUUCAUACAUUUGUCCAGUAUCCUCUUUUCUACUUUAUCAAUGCAUUUCUCAUAUUAUAUUUUAUUUGUUGCAUUUUUUUAUUUUUAAAUUUAGCUUUUAGCCCUUUGAUGCACAACGUGGGUCAAAAAUGACACGCAUUGAUUUCCCAUGUUAUUUAAAGCUGGCUGUGUGUUUCUGUGCUCUAUCUUUUAAUAUCAACUUAUUUUAUGAUUGAAUAUUCCAAGUAUUCUUUAAAUGUCUUGUUUUUGAUAAGAAUAGAUCAUUAUUUCCAUCUUGCUUCUCAUACUUUAUGAAGA